AUGACGACCCCAUCGGCUUUUUCCUCUUGUCGAAUCUCGUUGGCACUGGUGCUGCUACUGACUUGUCAAAGCUCUGCUUGGGUGCUACCAAGCCAUAAUAUUUCACCAUCACGAACCUCGACUCGGCUGUCUGCCACGACGGACAGCGAUCUGGCGCGAUUGCGAUUGGAAAUGCAUUGGACGAUGGCCGAAAGUGCUCAAGAUUGUUUGGUGGAUGACCCCAAGACGUGUGGCAGUGCCGAAUGCACAUCCUGUCGUGGUGCCGGGACACACUCGUGUCGCUUUUGUCGUGGCACCAAACAAGUUUACAUGGGUGGAAACUUUUUGGCGUGUCCAAUUUGCGAUAGUCAUGGAUUGGAAGACUGCCAUGACUGUCAAGGAACCGGGUGGGUCGCUGAAUGGACGCAAAUAAAUGGUGAUCCAGAAAAAGAUACCAAGGAAGUGAAACCUUAA